AGCGUCACCGAGGAUUGUGGGAAAUGUAGUCAGCGCCGUGUUGCUAUUUUCCACAGCUGAAGUCUCACCGUUUCAUAGUCCACCAUGGCGGACGAACAAGAGAUAAUGUGCAAGCUAGAAAACAUCAAAGAAAUAAGGAAUAAGACAAUUCAGAUGGAGAAGAUCAAAUCUCGACUGAGGAGUGAGUUUGAAGCUCUGGAGUCAGAGGAGAAGCACCUGAGAGAGUACAAACAGGAAAUGGAUCUUCUGCUGCAGGAGAAAAUGGCUCAUGUAGAGGAGCUGCGUCUCAUACAUGCUGAUAUUAAUGUGAUGGAAAACACUAUCAAACAGUCUGAAAGUGACUUGAACAAGCUGCUGGAGUCGACCAGACGUCUCCACGAUGAAUACAAGCCACUGAAAGAACACGUGGAUGCCCUGAGGAUGACCCUCGGGUUACAGAGACUCCCCGACCUCAGCCAAGAAGAGGAGAAGCUCUCAUUGGACUACUUUGAAAAGCAAAAGGCUGAGUGGCAGACAGAACCCCAGGAGCCUCCUAUCCCAGAAUCCUUAGCGGCAGCGGCGGCUGCAGCCCAGCAGCUUCAAGCUGCACGAAAACAGGAUGCCAGACAGACAGCGACGUUCCGCCAGCAGCCGCCACCUAUGAAGGCUUGUCUGUCCUGCCACCAGCAAAUCCAUCGGAACGCACCGAUCUGUCCUCUCUGCAAAGCCAAAAGUCGCUCACGCAACCCUAAAAAACCCAAGAGAAAACCCGACGAGUAACAUGCACAGCUACUAACAACCUCAGAGAAAGCCUGACUAACCCACAUAACCCCAACAGAAAACAAUUUACUUACAUAAAUGCAUGCAUGCACAUUUCCACACAUACACACACCGACAGUCGCCAUGAUGCCACACGCUCACUGCUCAUCUAUACACAGUCCUGAAGGAAUGGACCAUCUGCAAUCUGAUAACCUGACCUCUUAUAGUGAUCCUGUAGUUAACCUGUCUUCCUGCUUCAGUGGACAUGAGGUCUCAGUUUUUCAUUUCAUUUUUAUAUCGAUAUUGUGUUUGUACUGUGUCUGCAUUUAGUCCAUAGUGGAUAUGGAUGCUGGUUUAGAAAUAUUGAAGUGUACUAUUCUGUGUGGGGUUUAAUUCUAGUGCAUUAGUUCAAACUAAAUUCUCUAAAGUGGCUUUAAUCAAUAGAACUGUUUGUAUGGUAUUCAGUUAAUGCUUAAACUGAUCUUUAAUCAUUUUAAAACAUUAAUAAUGUUAUGAUUUUGUUUUUUAAUGUUUUUCCAUCAUGAUAACAAUGUUCCUCUUGUAUUAUGUAACGUCAGUGUUCUAGAAUGUCUCGAGGGCCGUACACACAAGAUGUAGAUGGAGAGCACUGAAAUGGAUAAGAACGAGUUUUUAACUUGAAACAAAUACUCUAGAAACAGAGACCAACAAAUAAUGCAGACUAAAUGCAAAAGCAUGUGUGAACAGCCCUUUAGUAGUAGAGUAAUUAUGGAACACAAGUUGAAUGAGAAUUCUAAACCUUCAAACAUUCAAUUUGUGCGAAUGAGCUGUUAUUUGUGUUUUGGAAUUUGACCCAAGGGGCAUUAAGAGCUUGUGAGAAUCUUCAGUAUUGAAUCAUUGUGUUUAUGUCUCAUCUUUUCUGAGAGUCAGUUUUUUAAUAAUUAAAACCUGUGAACUAAUAAGGUGUAAACUUGUGUAACUUUUGUCAAAAUUAAAUUGUAGAAUAAUACAA